GGCACACCCGAGGCAGUGUUCCGUAACGAUGACCAUCGAUUCGAAUGGACGCGUCAGGAAUUUGAAGAUUGGUACGGUGCUUCGCGUAUCGGUACCAAUUGUCAGCUCAAGAUAAUUAACCACGGCGAUUUUUACUGACCUAUGCCUUGAUGGCCUCUUCCUUCAUGACUUGAUAGGUGCAAGCAGGCAGCCAAAGAAUGCCAUUACAACGUUUCAUUCACAGGAGUAGGGAUGCUCUCGCAUGGCGAUCCUGCAGUCGGAUGCUGUACGCAGUUUGCGAUUCUAACGCGAGACGAUUCCCCAUCACCUACAGCAACAUCGGCAACCAUAGCAGAAACGGCAGAAACAACAAAAUCAGGGACACAAGAGUUCUACAAUCUGUUCUCGAGGAUCGAUUACCCGACCUACGAGACCGUGCAUACGGAUGAGGAGGCUCUGGAGUUUCUUCACGACAAAAUCGCGCGUAUCCGCCCAAGGCCGCCACUCGAGCGCACAGAGGAUGACUACUACGACGAUUACUGGAUAAAUGGUUGUAUGCAAAACGGACAGGUUCAGGAUUCCGGGGCGACUGAAGCCAAGGACAACAAGGAAAGCACUCCAGAAUCGGAAAUUGAGCUUGGCGUUCUCGAUCUGGAGGACCUUUGGGGUUCCUUGGAUGUACGGCAACGGUGUAAGCGGCGGUCUGAAUUUAUUCGAAUCCUGGGAACGAGUUCACUGGUGCGCUUGGAUGUCGCGGAGGACAAGAUACGGUACGAUGAGGAGAGCGCAUUUUGGAAGGAAUGGGAUGAACGGGAUGCGCGGAGAUAUGCGUUACACGACACAUUGGAUCCUACGGGUAGUGAUUGCAACGAAUACAACGAUGACGAUCAAUACGAGACGGAACCAUACAACGAAAAGCAUUUGUCGCUGGUAGAGUGCCAGCAGGAGGAAGGAUGGGAUAAUCAAGGACAACAUUUCGACAGCUGGUCUGAGAAUGUUCAGAGUCCAUGGCUGCAGAGUAGUCAGAGUGCGUGGAGCGAGACCGAGUGGCAUACAAAGCAUGAUACUAAGGAUACUGAAGAAGUUUAUUCACCAUGAAACACGCCGCUUCACGAACCGGACCUUUCGCAGACAACCCGUAGUGCUCUGGAAGAGUCAACAGGCAUUUUUUCAGUCAAUGGUCUAUUCAUAAACAGGAAGCGGCUGCUGUUGUUUACUCGC